CUCAGCGAGCCGAGCCCAGCCAGAGAACGGGACAGACUGGAGAGGUGAGAAAAAGGAAAAGACAAUGAAGGCGGCCCUGGGUUUCACCGUCCUCUUGCUUGCCUUGCUGGUCACAGUGUUGCUUCCUGCAGCUUUGGGCCUCACUUGCCGCAGUUGUCUGGGGACCCGGGAGAAUUGCACUGACCAGCAGCAAAUCUGUAGCAGCAAUGAGACUGUUUGCAUGGAGGAAACACGCGCUACCUAUGGCCCCAUAAGCGAGACCUUGAAAAGAGGGUGCACCACACCCCAGUACUGCCAGUCGUUCUUCUCCAUUCGCAGGGGCUUUGUAUCGCGAAGCAUCUACUGCUGCGCCGAUGAUCUGUGCAAUGCCGUCCCCUACAAUGUCACUUACAGCACGGGACGCAAUGGAGUGGAGUGUUACAGCUGCAUCGGUAGCUUGCAGGAGUGUAACGGCAAAGACAUUCCUACUGCCCAGUGCAGAGGUAAAGAAAAUCACUGCGUGGAAAUCUCUCGCCAGUGGCUACCAGGAACUGGUCUGGUGGAGCCCAUAAUCAAAGGCUGUGGGUAUUACCCUAAAGAGGAAACACUGCUGGCGUACAGCGUAGGAGGCAACGUCAGCUACGUGACUGUGCGUGUUUGUAAAGGAUCCUGGUGCAACAACAGCUCUUUCACAGAGUUUUCUGACACAGAGCCCAACGGGCUAGAAUGUUACAGCUGCCUGGACACUGGAAACAGUGAAUGCAGCACAGAGAACCUGCGACCGAUGAACUGCGUCGGGACCAUGGACCAAUGCAUGAAUGUCAUAGAUUACUUCCGCAAUGCCAGAAUCCGAGCCGGCUGCGCCCACCGGCACCUAUGCCAAGAUUCCCCCUUCUAUGGAGCCUUGAUGCCCAAACUGCCCGUCAAUUACGUGACCUGCUGCCAAGGGCCCUUCUGCAAUGGAGAGCGUGACCAGGGUGCCCAAAGAGGCAACCAAGCCUGCCUUGCGCUGCUGGUGGCCUUGCUACUCAUAGCACUGAACUAA